UAUUUCCUUUGGCGCGGCAGUUUUUAAGUCGGAAGGCUAAUAAUAAUUUUUGCUAAUUGCAAUUAACCAACGACGAGACGGGGAAGAAGAAGACUCCAUUAACAAUAACAGCUUCGCCAGUCUUGUUGUCGAACGAGAGAGAGAGAGAGAGAGAGAGAGUACCUGGCGUUCUCUCGAUCUCUUUCUCCGGAUUUUUCUCUGUUCCAUUCUGAUUAGGAAUAUCGUCGUUUCUGCAAAUUUCCUUCAUAUUGCGUCUGUUUUCGGUGAUCUAGGUCUCAUCUCUUAUUCGGAGCUACGCGCCGUUGGAGGUAGUAGUAGUAGUCAAAUACCCUGUUAAUGACAAGUCCUCCCCUCGAUGCACAUGGAUUUACCAAAGAUUCUUGGCGCCAGAUCGAACAUUCUACAAAAACGGCUGUGAGAUCUUAAAAAAUAUUAUCAAAGCGUCGAAGGUGUGGAAAGGAAGGUCAGGGAUGAAAAUGGCUGGGGAAGAGGAUCAGAUGCAAGGACAGAGUGGUAGAGAGGAGAAGAUUUUUGUUUCUGUUCGUUUGCGACCACUGAAUGAGAAGGAAAUUGCAAGGAAUGGUGUGUCAGACUGGGAGUGCAUCAAUGACACUAUGAUUAUAUACAGGAGCCAUCUUUCAAUUUCUGAGCGCUCCAUGUAUCCUUCUGCUUACACUUUUGACAGAGUGUUUGGCCCUGAGAGCUCUACGAGGCAGGUGUAUGAACAAGGAGCCAAGGAAGUCGCUCUCUCGGUUGUCGGUGGGGUAAAUGCUAGUGUCUUUGCAUAUGGGCAAACAAGUAGUGGAAAGACCUACACUAUGAUUGGAAUCACUGACUAUACCAUGGCUGAUAUAUAUGACUACAUUGACAAGCACAAGGAAAGAGAAUUCAUUGUAAAGUUCUCUGCGAUGGAGAUCUAUAACGAGUCUGUGAGAGACCUCCUAAGUACGGACAAUAGUCCACUAAGACUUCUAGAUGAUCCUGAGAAAGGGACAGUUGUUGAGAAAAUCACCGAGGCAACUCUGCGGGAUUGGAAUCAUUUCAAGGAGCUUCUAUCUGUCUGUAAAGCUCAAAGGCAAAUUGGAGAGACAGCUCUGAAUGAAGUGAGCUCAAGGUCUCAUCAGAUUUUGAGAUUGACUAUUGAAAGUACAGCACAUGAGUAUCUAGCCAACGACAAAUUAAGCACCCUCACAGCAACAGUGAAUUUCAUCGAUCUCGCUGGAAGUGAACGUGCAUCUCAAUCACUAUCAGCUGGCACAAGAUUGAAAGAAGGUUGCCAUAUUAACCGCAGUUUACUGACACUGGGAACUGUCAUUCGUAAGCUAAGCAAAGGGAAAACAGGGCACAUUCCAUUCAGAGAUUCAAAGCUGACACGGAUACUUCAGUCGUCCUUGGGAGGAAAUGCCCGAACUGCAAUAAUCUGCACAAUGAGUCCUGCAAAAAUCCAUGUUGAACAAUCCAGAAAUACACUGUUAUUCGCAAGCUGUGCUAAGGAGGUGACUACAAAUGCACAAGUCAAUGCAGUGAUGUCUGAUAAAGUUCUGGUAAAACACUUGCAAAGGGAGUUGGCUAGACUUGAGAGUGUGUUGAGAAGUCCUGGUCGAGCUUUUGUUGAACCUGACACAGCUGCUUUACUGAGGGAGAAGGACAUCCAGAUAGAAAAGCUGAAUAUCGAGGUAUUCGAACUGAAGCAGCAAUUAGAUUUCGCCCAUUCUCAGAUCGAGGGUUUUAAACGAAUUGUAGGAGAAGAAACACAUCCAGAAAAAGAGACAUCAUCAACAGAAUCGAUGGUGAUGGAACAUCAAUACCCCAAGCUGCGUGUACGUAAAUCAUGGGAUUCUUCUGAAAUCCCAACACCAGAAAGCCCCGUAUCAGCUCAGCCUUUCAGUUUGUCUCCACGUUCAACCGAGCACAGUUAUGAUGAGAAUGUUUUCCAGCUUUCAGAUCUCAGAAUUGAUUCCAGGACAAGCAGUCCACCUCAGCCCCUUUCAUUUGGAACUCCAGGAGAGUUCACCGAUGUUCGACUUCGUUUUUAUGAGACAGAAACUAACGAACAAUCUGAUGUUCACAAGGAGGAAACUGCAGAUCAACCUCGUAUUCAUCGGGAUCAAUUUCUUGAGCUCGAUGAACAGCCUGACAGGAAUUCAGAGGACAGUUGCGUUGAAGUUCGAUGCAUAAAAAUGGAGGAGCCAGGUAUUGGCAGAUAUCCUGAGCCAAAUACGAUGGAGUGCAUUCCAAACCAACAUGAAGAAACUAGUGCACUACUGGUGGCUGAAGCAGAUUCGGAGAGCGUAAGACCACCAACAGAAGCUGAGGACGAAGAAGAAAAUGUAAAGGAAAUCAGCGACAUCUCUCUCCGACCAGAGGAAGAAAGAGAACCCAGCAAAACGCCACCACAAUCUGUUUUACCGUCUCCUGACAGAUCUUUUCCUCGGCAGCUUGAUGGAGAAAUGUCUAGCCUCAGAGGAAACUCGACACAUCCAGAUUUCAUCACCCCUUCUCCCGAGAAACCCUACUCGUGGCUUCUUGGGAGAGAUUCACAUACAUUCAGAGGCAUGAGGCUGAUGAGGAGCAGAAGUUGCAGAGCAAGCUUUACAUCAAACUCUUCCUUCUCUUGGUUUGACAAAGAUGAGAAGAGCGAAAACACUCCCCCAAGCUGGUACGAGAAAGAAUUCGUUAGAACAACCGAGAGCAACCAGACAACACCCACUUUGCAAUGUAACUUCAGGGAUGAGAGGCCGCUGCUGGACAAUUUUAGGAGCAGUGCUACUUGGUUUGAGAAAUCUUCGAGUAGAAGACCUGUGAGUACCCAAACGAUGGCCACUGCUUCACAGUGUGGCAUCAAUAACGGGAUGUCAUCGCCAAAUGAAUCGCAGGCUUCCCACUCUGAAUCCUCCAUGUUUGAGCUUCAGAACUACAAAGCGAGAGUUCAAGACAACGAGGAGAGAACUGUGGAAGUGGGAAGUCAUGAGACUGUUGCUCAAAAGGACAAGCGAAUGAUCCAUUGUCUGAUGGAUGACAUACAAAACAAGUCCAUGACGACUUCAAAGACUUACAGGGAUGCAGGGAUGGAUCCGAUACAUGAUUACUUAACGACACCGUUGAAUUGGACAAUGGAGUUCAAAAGGCUGCAGAGGGAGAUAAUAGAGCUGUGGCAUAUAUGCAAUGUGUCGAUGGGCCACAGAACCUACUUCUUCCUUCUAUUCAGAGGGGAUCAAAAGGAUUGCCUGUACAUGGAAGUAGAGCUCCGGAGACUCAAUUACAUCAGAGAAUCGUUCCACCAUGGUAGCAAAACCAUCGAAGAGGGACGCUCUCUUUCCCCAACGUCCAGCAUGAGGGCGUUGAACAGGGAGAGGUACAAGCUGAGCCAGAUGAUGCAGAAGAAGCUGUCGAGGGAAGAGAGGGAGAACUUGUUCCUGAGAUGGGGGAUAGGGCUCAACACGAAGCACAGGCGGCUCCAGCUGGCACACCGGCUCUGGUCGGAGACCAAAGACUUGGACCAUGUCCGAGAGAGCGCCUCCGUGGUGGGGAAGCUCCUGGGCUUCGUGGACAUGGACUUGGCCUCCAAGGAGAUGUACGGUCUAAACUUUUCAAUCAAACCCCCACUUCCCAAGAAGAAAUCCAGCAGGUGGAAACGCAGCGUUCUUUCUCUCUCUAUUUUAUAGCGACCCUUCAUCCAUCCAUCCAUCCCUCCCUCCUUGUUCAGGCUUUGUUUGAGUGAUUCUUCUGAUCUUGAUGAUAUCUUAGUCCUCAGCUUAGUGACCAUCGGUAGUAUUAUUUAGUGGCUUCUCUGAUUGCAAAAAAAAAAAAAAAGGUUUGAAAAGGAUUUGCUUCUGUAGCGCUCUUGUAAGUAGGUGGUAAACUGAUUUUUGGUAUUGUGUCUGAUAUCAAGAACCCAGGAGCCAUGCUUGAAGGAUAUAUAUAUUCUGAUAUUGGUUGUAAAUUUGUAAGUAAUUACUCUGUCAAAUUUUGCAUCUGCUCCGUAAGAUUUUAGAUGAA